AGCAGCGGAACAGUGCUCAAGGGGCGCCAGUCCUGUGCAAUGAUACAGGAUGGACAGCCGCGCCCUGGCGUACGAGUUCUGGUUCACGAGAGCAAACCCUCCGCUGACCCAAGUCACCUAGCAGCGCACCUCGGGGCGCUCAGCGUCCCCUCCUGGCGCGUCACCUCCUUGGCGCUGGCCCUGUGCCUCUGGUACCGGCAUGGUGGCAUGUGCUUCCUGCUGGUGGCCAUGGCAUGGCCUAAGCGCAGCUCUGGAUCGAUGCUCCAGAAGCUCUCACUUGUCCACAGCCAGAAGGCCGCCCUUUGCCUUCGAUGGCACCUGCAGCGCCGGCGGCUCUACGUGAAGUGGGCCACCGAGCGCUUGGACAAAGAGCUUCAAGGCGCGUGGCGCGUGUUGCUGCCGCCCUCCCCGCGCCAAGAAAUCGCGGAGUCCCUCGGGGGAGGGCCGUGCCGCUCCGUGCUGGGCUACCACGCCUCCGCCUGCUCAGGCUUCCUGCUACCACCAGAGGUGGUGUCCUGCAGUUACCUGCCGGAGCCGGGACUCCGGGCCCACUGCGUCCGACUUCUGCGGGAGCAGUGGGACUCUGAGGCGAGGCGAAACCUGGACCCCAUCCCCGAGGAGGAGAAGACUCGCACCUGGGGCUUCCGCAGUCGAUGCAAGACCUCUGCCUGAGAGGCGAUUCGCUGCAAACCACAUCGACCGGGCGCCGCGGUAUUUUUUUGGGAUGUCA